CCCUUAUCUUCUCUCUAUAUUCAUUGGGUAAAAAACCCCAUUUGCUGCACAAUUGUGAAAAUGAAGAGAGCAUGUAAUUUAUUGCAAGAAUUAAAACCAGUCGUGUUAAUGGUGCUAGUGCAGAUUGUAUAUGCUGCCGGGAAUGUGAUCUACAAGCUUGCCAUAAAUGAUGGAAUGAACAUGACGGUAGCUGCUGCCUACCGUCUCAUUUUAGCAUCAGCUUUCACUAUCCCCGUUGCUCUUAUUUUUGAUAGGAAGAAGAGACCCAGGAUAACUUGGAGGGUGUUGUUUAUGGCAUUUCUUUGUGGAUUGUUUGGAGGAAAUUUAUUUUUAAACCUUUAUACUGAGGCUCUAGCUUUGACGUCUGUAACGCUUAUGUUGACCGUGGUCAACCUUAUUCCAGGCAUCACUUUUGUUAUGGCUGUAUUAUUUGGAUUGGAAAAAUUAAACUUUGGAGCAGCAGAAGGAAAGGCGAAAGUGGUGGGAACAAUAAUUGGAAUUAGUGGGGCAAUGGUGUUGAUCUUUGUCAAAGGAUUCGAAAUUAAUAUUUGGUCUCCUAAAAUCAACCUUAUGCAUCCACAUCAGAACCAAAAUGGGCAUAUGGCAUCGCAUCUUGAUUUUAGUAAUACACUGUUAGGUGUUUCGUGUGCCAUAGGAAGCUGCUGCUCUUUUUCUUUGUAUUUCAUCGUUCAGGCUAAGAUGAUUGAAGCAUACCCAAGCUUCCACUCAAGCAUAGCUUUGAUUUGCACUAUGGGAGCGAUACAGGCCGUUGUUGUUGCUCUCUUUUUUGAAAGGGAUUGGAACCAAUGGAAGCUGAGUUACAAUAUCAGGCUUCUAACUGUGCUUUAUACGGGAAUAGUAAAUUCUGGAAUAGUAGGCGUUGUUAUUGUCUGGUGUAUAAAGAUAAGAGGCCCUUUAUUCGUGUCUAUUUUCAACCCACUACAGCUUUUACUAGGGGCUGUUGCUGCUUAUUUGACGUUGAAUGAGAAGUUGUAUUUAGGAAGUUUGCUUGGAGCAGUGCUGAUCGUAUGUGGCUUAUACACAGUGCUUUGGGGUAAGGGCAAAGAAGCCGAAAAGAUGACUCAAUUAGAAACAACCAGAGUCUAAAACUGUUCAGGUUACACUCAUUGUAUUUUUAUCCUUCACAUACAUUAGUAUUAUCUAUCACAAGCUGGAUGCAUUAAUACGCACUGUUUAGCUUGCAAGUUCUCGUUAGAGAUAUAUUAGUUAAAAGUAAAAUAUCAGGAAUAUACUUAUUAACACGUUUUUAGUAGCUGGUUAAAAUUUAUUAAAAUUUUAAAAAAAUUAUGUGAGUUAAACCUUUUUUUUUUAUCCCUAAUUUAAUAAUUAUUUCUCAUACUUUUAUAUUUUUUAAUAAAUUUUAACCAAUAAUAAAGAGUAUAUAUUAAAAAGAAUCUAAAAAGUUGAUUAUAGUUAGUUGGUUAAUUACUCAUAUACAAGUUAAGCCCAUUUAUAAAUACAAUAAAGUGUUCUGACAAUAAUAUAUAAUUUAUUUCUAAUUAUUAUUGUCUCUCAAUUUUCAUAUUCUUGUAGACUCUGCCAUGUAUGUAAUUCAGAGGUAAGUUAGUCUAGCCUAGAAUAUGAAUUAUAAUUCACUUACAACAAUGUAUCUAAAUUUUCUCUUAACAGUUACAUUGAUAUGUAGCGACAAUCAUCCGGCAUAUCCCCAAUUGUCAGUUGGAAAGACCAUUUGCUGUCAUUUAAAACUAAUGAUAAUACAGAUUUGAUGAAUUGUAACACAAAAGUUUAGCCACCAAGUGUACAAAUGCUAUGGAACUGUGGAUAUAUUUUUGGCUGUAGGUUAAGUUUUCUCACAGUUAAAUACCUUUUUAAAGUUCGAAUAUUAUAUGAAAUAAAAUGAAUUUAUUCUUAUCUGAUCACAGCAAGGGAAUUUUACAACUUGCUGGCUACUUGUUGGACUGUUAGAUUCCUUUUGUCGCAAAUUAGUGUCCUUCGAUUUUGAUAAGACAAUAACCAGAGCAUAAAUUAAAUAUUCCUGUUUACUAGCAACAAUAAUUAAUUAGGUCAAAAAAUUUAGAAAGGGACAAUGGAGGAGAUCACACCACAUCAAUAAGAGAAAAAUCUCAAAAAAAGAUUAAUAAUACCUUUUGAAACUCGACCAACAGGCAACCUUGUUUCUUAAGCUUUCUACUGUGAACCUCUUAUACGAUGCAACCAAUCCGUAGUUACAAGUUGCUGUCAACAUGUUUAAAAUUUUAGUAUAAUAAUUUCAUUUUUUUUUUAAAAUUAUCGAAAUAUAUUGUUAUGUAUAUAGAAUGCGCGCGUGAUCAUACCCCAUUAUUAUUAUCAUCAUCAUCAUCAUCAUUUAUCAGCAUAAAUACCCAAUCGGCGUGUGACUUCAUCUUCUAUCUAUAUAUUUCCUUUGGUUUCAUACCCCAUUUGCCGCAAAACGGUGAAGAUGAAGGGUGUAUGUAAUCUAUUGCAAGAAUUGAAAGCAAUCGUUCUAAUGGUGUUUGUGCAGAUUGUAUAUGCUGCGGGCAAUGUGCUCUACAAGCUCGCCAUUAACGAUGGAAUGAGCAUCACUGUAGCCACUGUCUACCGCCUCAUUUUGGCAUCGGCUUUCACAAUCCCCAUUGCUCUUAUCUUUGAUAGGUCCAUCGUUACCUCGCACUUUCUUUUGGUUACACAAUACACUUAUUAUUAGGAACUUCAGUUUCUGAAAUUUUGUUUUCAUUCGUGUGGAUAUUUAGAUUUGUAUAUUUCAUAUAGUGGGCGCUGCAUAAAAAUUAUUACUUAUACAAAAGCACUUAGCAUUUUCAAAUGCUUUUGCAUAAACAUAUAUGUAUAUUUUAUAAGACAAAGCCAUUUCAAAAGUCCUUUUUG